AUGUCCAGGAUUCGAAAGGCACCGAUCCUUAAAGCAUACCUAGCACUCUUUAUUUGUUUCUCCACCAAGGCUGUUCACCUGGAGCUAGUGUCGGAUCUGUCCACGAGCGCAUUCUUAGCUGCCUUCAAACGAUUUGUCAGCCGCCGCGGCAGAUGCGAUAACAUUCAUAGCGACAACGGCACAAACUUUUCUGGGGCAAGUAAAGAAUUAAACAGGCUGGCUGAAACCGCCACCAAUCACUACUACAUUAAGUGGCACUUUAUUCCCCCCUCAUCUCCACACUUUGGAGGACUAUGGGAGUCCAACAUCAAAAGGGUUAAGGGUCACAUAGCCCGUACGAUUGGGGAACAGGUAUUAACUUUUGAGGAACUCUACACUUUAUUCACCCAAGUCGAAGCGAUAAUGAAUUCGCGUCCGUUAUGCCCUCUAAGUGAGGAUCCGAACGACUUGAAUGUUUUAACGCCCGGGUACUUCCUCACAAUGGAGCCUUUGAACGCCCCUCCCGAGGACCUCGUGCAACACGUCCCGAACAAUCGCCUUUCUCCGAAGUCCAUUCCGGACCUGAUGGUGUCGUCCGAGUGGCUACCGUCCGGACAAGCACUGGCGUUUUCAAACGCCCCGUGA